GUCAGAAACGCAUUCAUGAAUGCAGCUGCUGUCAGAGUCAAUGUCUUCAGUGCAACAAAUGAGGGUCUGUUCAGUCAUCUCCAAAACUGCAGAAAUUUUGUUGAAUCGAAACAAUGGGCCACCCUUGAGUAUCAAUUGGCUACAGUGUUGGACAAGAUGGGAGAGGCUUCAGCUAAGGCCCAGCAGUUGUCUGCGUCGAUCACCAGUGCCUCACGGAUGCAGAGCAACAGGCACCGGCUGUACCUUCUGAAAGAUGGUCUCGCUAAUCAUGGAAAGGGAGCCGCUAUUGGUUUCCUGAAGGUGGGCCACAAGAAGCUGUUUGUGUUGGAUGGGCGAGGUGCACAUAAUGAGAUGGAGCCCCUGUGUGUCCUGGACUUCUAUGUGCAUGUGUCACUGCAGCGCCAUGGUUACGGGAAGGAGCUGUUUGACUACAUGAUUCAGUAUGAAGGCACAAAGCCACACCACCUGGCCAUUGAUCGCCCCUCUAGCAAGUUCCUCAGCUUCCUCAAGAAACACUACGGCUUAGCAGCCACAAUUCCUCAGGUUAAUAACUUUGUGGUGUUUGAAAGUUUCUUCCGGGACAGACAGAUCCGAGGGGAAAGGCUGGUUCACAGGACCAUCCCGAAGAAGGUGGAACAGGAUAUUAAACCCUACUCCAUUACUGUGCGGGAUGGUGCUCCGGAAGAGCAGGAGCUUCCCUGGCCCUUCAAUCAGUCGCCCUCUCUGACUCGCUCCAACAGCCUGGGCCGCAACUCCCACCGGCAGCCGAGCCGCGGCCAGUUCAGCCACCAGGAGGCGCUGCGACACGUCAGAGUGGCACAUUCCCGGGCAGUGAACGGCGUGAGGGAGGCCGAUGACCCGAUGGCCCAGAGGAGACGGACCAGUACGCCUGAGCAACAAGGGAUGGUCGCCAUGGGGAGCAUGUACAGCCGUUACAACAAGAGCAGCUCUCAGUCUCCUGACUGUGUGACAGAGCGGUCAAGGUCAGCAGUUUCCAACCAGGAGUCGCCAGGGCGGAGUGGUGAUGUGCUACAGCUGGAAACUGGGUAAGUGCCUGCAGCUGCUGAUGGACUCCACCCUCGUCCCUGAGAGCCAGAACAGCCGCUUUCAUAACUAAACGACGCGGUCUCGCCCUUUCUCUCUGUCAGCCUGUCGAGUACCUCCCCCUCAUCUUGACAGGAUAGAUAAGGAGCAGUGUUCCCUCGCUCCCACCCAAAUCCCUGAUUGGUAAUGGAAGGGAGAAUGGAGAGAACCAAAGGACACAGAUUUGGGAAAAUUGGCAAAUUUGCAAAAGGCAACGGGAGGCAAGUGGUCUUUUUAUUUCGGACAGCCAGAGGUGUUGGGCCUGGAAGGCGCUGCCUGGGAGCACAGGCAAGGCAGGCUCAACCGAGGCCUUCAGGAGGGAGUCACGUUACUCUCGGGAAGGUGAGGGGGUUACAGCAGCGAGAGAACAGCUCCGAUAACACUCCGCCAUAAGACAUAGGCGCACAGAUUAGGCCAUUCACCCCAUCGAAUCUGCUUCACCAUUCAAUCGGACCUGAUAGGUUUCUCAACCCCAUUCUCCCGCUUUCAAACCUCGAUCCCCCUGACACUCAAAAACCCAUCCAUCAGGGUCUCAAAUAUGACCUGGCCUCCACAGCCGUCUCUGGACCAUUCCGGUGUGAUUCCCCCUACCCCUCCCCCUACCCCCUCCCUGACCCACGGUGUGGUUGGUGUUUUUAUUCAGGGUGACUGAUUCCCCCCUCCCUGACCCACGGUGUGGUUGGUGUUUUUAUUCAGGGUGACUGAUUCCCCCCUCCCUGACCCACGGUGUGGUUGGUGUUUUUAUUCAGGGUGACUGAUUCCCCCCUCCCUGACCCACGGUGUGGUUGGUGUUUUUAUUCAGGGUGACUGAUUCCCCCCUCCCUGACCCACGGUGUGGUUGGUGUUUUUAUUCAGGGUGACUGAUUCCCCCCUCCCUGACCCACGGUGUGGUUGGUGUUUUUAUUCAGGGUGACUGAUUCCCCCCUCCCUGACCCACGGUGUGGUUGGUGUUUUUAUUCAGGGUGACUGAUUCCCCCCUCCCUGACCCACGGUGUGGUUGGUGUUUUUAUUCAGGGUGACUGAUUCCCCCCUCCCUGACCCACGGUGUGGUUGGUGUUUUUAUUCAGGGUGACUGAUUCCCCCCUCCCUGACCCACGGUGUGGUUGGUGUUUUUAUUCAGGGUGACUGAUUCCCCCCUCCCUGACCCACGGUGUGGUUGGUGUUUUUAUUCAGGGUGACUGAUUCCCCCCUCCCUGACCCACGGUGUGGUUGGUGUUUUUAUUCAGGGUGACUGAUUCCCCCCUCCCUGACCCACGGUGUGGUUGGUGUUUUUAUUCAGGGUGACUGAUUCCCCCCUCCCUGACCCACGGUGUGGUUGGUGUUUUUAUUCAGGGUGACUGAUUCCCCCCUCCCUGACCCACGGUGUGGUUGGUGUUUUUAUUCAGGGUGACUGAUUCCCCCCUCCCUGACCCACGGUGUGGUUGGUGUUUUUAUUCAGGGUGACUGAUUCCCCCCUCCCUGACCCACGGUGUGGUUGGUGUUUUUAUUCAGGGUGACUGAUUCCCCCCUCCCUGACCCACGGUGUGGUUGGUGUUUUUAUUCAGGGUGACUGAUUCCCCCCUCCCUGACCCACGGUGUGGUUGGUGUUUUUAUUCAGGGUGACUGAUUCCCCCCUCCCUGACCCACGGUGUGGUUGGUGUUUUUAUUCAGGGUGACUGAUUCCCCCCUCCCUGACCCACGGUGUGGUUGGUGUUUUUAUUCAGGGUGACUGAUUCCCCCCUCCCUGACCCACGGUGUGGUUGGUGUUUUUAUUCAGGGUGACUGAUUCCCCCCUCCCUGACCCACGGUGUGGUUGGUGUUUUUAUUCAGGGUGACUGAUUCCCCCCUCCCUGACCCACGGUGUGGUUGGUGUUUUUAUUCAGGGUGACUGAUUCCCCCCUCCCUGACCCACGGUGUGGUUGGUGUUUUUAUUCAGGGUGACUGAUUCCCCCCUCCGCCACUGGCCCACCCCCAUUCCCAUUCCCACCCUGUUCCUUGCAUCAUCCCCGGGCACGCGCUCUCCGCCCAGUCCUGAUCCUGAUCCAGGCCAGGAGCGGGCGAGAGUCCCCUUUUCCCAUCUCUGACAGCUGCCUCCAGGAUGUGCCAGUCACGGAAGCAGCCGGACACCAUCUCACACCGCCGUUCCCCGGGUGGGGGGGAUCGCUGUCGGGAAGCUGGCGUAGCAACUCCCCCGCGUUCCGAGCGGUAAAACCCCUGGUGUGCUCCUGAUGCUGUGGUGCCGAAUGUCCUGCUGCCUUCUGGCUGGAGAGGGAGGUGGAUCAACCCAAGUGAGAAUCCACCACCUUACCGACGGGCAACCAGCCACGCCAAUCUCUGGCUGCCCACUCCCAACGUGGGUCACCGGCAUUGCUUUUACACCAUCCUGGGUCUCCCCCAGAUGGUGGGAUGCCUGAAGGAUUGUCGUGCCACUGUCUUGGAGAGGGACGUGUGGCUCCCUGAGCAUGUUGACGGGGACACCGGUUCCUGGCUGUGUUUGUGCCACCGUGGGCUGUGCAUGCUGUAAAGCAAGAGCACGUUGGAGAGCCUCGGCAGGUCAGUGGACAGGCCAUCAGGACCUGAAACGUGAACUCACAGAUGCUGACAGACCCCUGGGCAUCUCAGCGUUUUCUUGUAGUGGUUUGUUACUCCCUCGUGGUAUAGGGGCAUGGCUGACUGGGCCAGUGGGUAUUACCCAACCUUAGUUGCCCCUUGAGAAGGUGCCUUCUUGAACUGCUGCUGUCCAUGUGCGCUGUAGGUGUAUUCGCAAUGUUGUCCGAGGGGAAUUUAAUUUAAUUUGACGCCAGGUUAUGGUUUCUGUAGCUCUGUGGUUAGCACUGCUGCCUCAUGGCGCCGGGGACCCGGGUUCGAUUCCAGCCUCGGGUGACUGUCUGU